AAUGACGUCAGACGUAGACGUAGGCUCCCUCUGUUAGAGCGGGACACUGAAACGUAAAGUACUGUUGUUCCUCCAAGAUCGACUCUUCGUUUACUAGACAUGGCCUUUCAAAUAGAAGAGGAUUUUCCUCCUGGACUAUCGUGUCUUAAAAAUGUCGAUGCCUUGCUCCGGUGUCCUAUCUGCUUUGACUUCCUUAAUAUCUCAAUGAUGACUAAAUGCUCACACAAUUUUUGCUCCCUGUGCAUCCGAAAAUUUCUCUCCUAUAAGCUGCAGUGUCCUGUUUGCAAUGCACAAAUGACAGAACAAGAUCUAAGGAACAACCGUUUGCUGGAUGAGUUGGUCGUAAACUUUCAGGCUGCAAGGCAACAGUUGUCAAAAGCAAACUUUGACUCUCCUCCAAUUUCGCCGAAGACGCCUUCUUCAGCUGUCAAAUGCAAAACUCCCAGAGCGGGUGGCCUGAAGUGUAACGGUUCCGUUCUGAGUGCCUUUUUCCAAAAGAAGCCCAAAACGCCUCCCAGUAUAAAAAAGCAGCAAGAUUGUCCUGACACGCACUCCGUUAUGACGAGGAAAAGGCCGACCGCACAGACGCAGAAUGCAAAUGCCGCUGACCUACAUUCAGAAAAAGCUCAGCUUGCGGUAGUUGUGAAGGAAGAGCCGAUGGAUGUGGAGGACGUACCUACCCGGGGUUUGGCGACAGUCAAGCGAGAAGACACAGCCUCACACAGUGAUGGCACUGGGACAGAAAGGCCGCAUUCCUCGUCACCGCCUCAAGACGUGAAGCCCACAAUAAAAGUGGAGUGCCCUGUGUGUUCUGUAAGUGUCUUGGAGUCCUUUAUCAACAAGCAUCUAGAUGCGUGUCUUACCAGAGGAGAGAAGAAAGAAAGCCUGAGGAGGAGCUCUCUUGGCACGAGGAGGCAACCAAUGGGGAAGCUGGUGUACAACCUUCUUUCAGUGCAGGAGCUGAAGAGGAGGCUGAAGGAAUGUCACCUGUCUGUGCGAGGUUCACGAGACCAGAUGAUCAAGAGGCACCAAGAGUUUGUGCACUUGUACAAUGCCCAAUGUGACUCACUGAACCCAAAGUCAGCUGAAGAUAUUGCCAAAGAAGUGGAGGCCAAUGAGAAGCUCAAAACUCAGCUGCACGGAAAAUCCAAACCUGUCUUGGUGUUCUCAAAGAAUCAGUCUGAGAAGGAGAUUGAUGAGAUGCAUUCAAAUUACAGGAAGCAGAACAGCAGUGACUUUUCCAGAUUAAUUGCCCAGGUCCGGGGACGCUUCGAGACAAACAGGCAGAGUCGCAUUAAACAGGAAGACGCGGAGAAGAGUGACGAACAAAAAACACACUCUGCAGAUAAAUCUGCAGAAUCAAAGAGCUCCUUAGUGAUAAAGAUAGAAGAUGGAGAAAGUGACAAUGAGCUGUCUGCAAGAGGGAUUGACUUGCCAUCCAGCCCCACCUACAGCGAUGUGUCCGUCAGCAGUUCUCUUUCAGACAUCUUUGGUCCAGAGCCUGUCAUAAGCCUUGAAUGGGCAUGACAGUGCAAUGAGACAGCCACACACAGCACUUCACCCCCCAAAGGACUUUCAUAAAUAACUGCUCUGACUCGGAGCUCAUUCACUUGCGAGCCACGGACUGGGACGCUGAGACAUACCCCCAUAACACCAGUGUGGUGUUGUUUCACUUCCACAGAAUUGCAUCUUUUCUCCCUCCCUGCCUUCUGCCUGCAGACAAAAACUGAUAGCGCUGUUGGAGGAGUAGCAAUAACAAACUUAAGUCAGUCAGGUAUUUUAAUGCGUGACAUGUUACUGAGCAUAACUAUUUUUUUGUUUUGUGAAAUGGUGCUGUCCUAACAGUCCUGUCAUUCACUUUGCAGCUUAACAAAACACACACACACGCUUUUGUUCAAGGACAUUUUACACCCAGAAAGCUCUACUGUCGCGCUGCUGAUGAAACAAAAACAUCUGAAUUCAUUUUCACCUGGUGCGGUGUGGAUAAUCUAGACUCUGCUCUUCAUCUAUUUCUGAAUGGCCCUGAAGCUUAAUCCAAACCUGUCACUUUUCACUCCUGAUGUUAUCCCUCCACGGAACACUUUGGUCAUAAUACACCAGUAGUGUUAGACCUUGGGAUGCCUCAUCAAUCCGAUGGAUGGAUGGGAGCCAAGUGUGUGUUUGAAAAGAGCAUGAAAAGACAUUUCCUUCCGUCAGGCGAGGAUUUACCUUCAGCCACAAAAACCACUGAUUAAGUUGUGACUGUACAAAAUGUUGACCGGGACCUAAACAGCGUUUAGCUUGGUAGCCUGUUGACUAGCAAUCCACUACACCUCAUUCUCCUACCCAAACGUGGAAUUUUCCCCCCAAAUUCCAAUACUGGAAUUUUGUUUUCCCGCUCCAUGCAGUCAUGAUUAAGAGUCGUACACCUUACGUCUGGCUGGAAGGUCCAUUACAUCUUUAGCCCGAUCAGCCGCAGAAUGCCCCCCGCGGGAAGCCGUAAGUGAUUCCACGUGUAAGUCACAGGAGUUUUAGGGCUCCCUUUUGGUUUCUAAGCCAUGUUAUCUGGACAUUCCUUAAGAAGAAGAAGAGGCCUCAGAGCUAUUGCCAGUUAAUGUCAAGGGUGAUUCAGUAAUGGGGCUGUAACUUAACUCUGCCUGAACUCUGAAGCCCGCGAUACAAGGCAACCCAUUUGGAGAAAAGUGCUUAUAAGGUAUUGAUUACGUGUUCCUCUGACCGCAAGGAAUCUUUCUGUAUGAAAAGCGGAAAGUAACUAAAAAAUGUGCAGGUUCACGUAAAAUAAACAAGAAAUAUAAUAACGGUACAAUAAACAUCAUGUUCAGUCUGUUGAAUUUGGUUUGACAACACUGUGAGUGAAGACGCAUUUCAUUUGCCUCUUACAUAUUUUAAAUACGUAUAUUUUAUCAUUUACUGCAUAGAUUUUGCGUUGCUCUUUAGGCAACGUUCAUGUGUCACAGAGUUCAUUUCUUUGUGUACUCGGUGUUUUAAUGAACAACAGUUUUGAACUUGUGCAGUAUCCGCUGCAACAUAUUUCACAGACCUUAAUUUAAUCCAGGUUAAUUAUAUCGGUUCUGUCUGUGCUUUACGGUGCAGCUUCUGGUCAUUUUAAUUUAAUAUUUGUGUAUGUUCACCUCUGUGCUUCCACAAAGAGAAGCCAUUUCAUUUUAAUAUUCUGAUUAGAAACCAGUUUUCUUUUCAGCUCUUCAGGUUUUUCACUUUGCUGGAUUGACAGCCACCUGUGGCAUACAUUCUUCCUUUCAGCCGGCCUCACAGAGUCAUUUUCUGCUGGUGUGUGAGAGGAGCCUUUUAUUCAGCUGCAAUGUAUUUGCUGUCACAACACAGCUCAAGGCUGGACAAAGGAUAGGAGACCGCACAUCGGUUAUGGCUAAAAAUAAGUUUAUUGUACCAAACUAAAGAUGAAAUUCACCUAAGUGAUAAAGUGCACUGGGUGGAAGAGAUAAAAAAAAAAAGAAAAAAGAGCAAUGGGCUGGCUGACUGCCACCGGCUGCGCCAGUAAAAGAACAAAAAAAACUUAAAUCAUGAUGAAACACAGCUGGAUGUAGCCAUUUUAACCAUCUUUAGCAGCACUGGUUGGUAAGAUCAUGAACUCUACAACAUAACGGCUGUUUUCUGCAUUCAUUGGUCAAAGUAAAAAUGGCUUUGGUUUGGUUUGAACUCCUGGUCCCUUAGUCACUUAGAGGCAGCUGAAGGAAAGCUAGCCUCUGGAUUUCUUUCACCAUGUGUGUAACUACUUUGCAAGCCUUGUUAGACUUGAAACACUGAGACGAUAAUGGUUAAAGUAAUCACGCUCGCAGGCGCCUGACCAGAAAAUUACCUAAUCUCAGAAGCGAUUAGAUGAUAAGAUUUUACACACCCUCUUAAAUUUGUCAUGUGUUUUCUCAAGAUGUACACUCUGGUCUGUUGUUGGCUGCUAGAAGAGAGGAAAGCAAGUUUAACGGCGCUCAUUUUCCAUCUUUUCUACUUCCAUGUAACUUAAUGCAGUUAUUAUGGAUUUAGGGGAGUCUUCAUGGCGCUUCAUCAGCCGCUUGUGUCCACUAAACGUGCAGGAUUAGUGCAGAGCUGUGUGACAUGGAGAUAAAGUGACCCACUGUGAAACAGAGCAAAUCUUCAAACACUUGUGCUUUACUGUUCUUGCUCCUUUUUUUUUUUUCAUUUUCCAUUUUACCAAAGUCUGCUACUGUUACAACCCCAGUCUUGGUUUUAAAAGAUUUUCCAUCUUUCACUCACAAAACAUUUAACUGGUUAUUUCUGAA